AAAGGUUUCCUCGUCCGAUAAUGUGCGAGUCGCGGUCAUAGAGGGUCUUCUCCAGAGCUGGGAACUCGAAGAGGAACCUGACCUUUCUCGAAGCGAAGAUGAAGAACGAGGCAGAGUCGAGUUUGCAGCUGCAGAGCGCAUCGGUGACGAGCAUCGCCGGUGCACAGGGGCAAGGGUCGAGGCCGACGAACUCCUCGAUGCAGCUACAGCAAGGACAACCCCUGGACCCGCUGCUGGUGGGCCAGAACAACAACCAGGAGGGUCCCCGGAAGCCUGGAGCACGUCGCCAGGAGAAGCCGCCCUACUCGUACAUAGCCCUGAUCGUGAUGGCGAUCCAGUCGAGUCCUGGGAAGCGGCUGACCCUCUCGGAGAUCUACACCUUCCUGCAACAGCGGUUCCCGUUCUUCAGAGGAGCGUACCAGGGUUGGAAGAACUCGGUCAGGCACAACCUGAGCCUGAACGAGUGCUUCAUCAAGCUGCCCAAGGGUUUGGGCAGGCCAGGCAAGGGCCACUACUGGACCAUAGACCCGGCCAGCGAGUUCAUGUUCGAGGAGGGCAGCUUCAGGAGGAGACCGCGAGGCUUCCGCAGGAAGUGCCAGGCCCUGAAACCGCAGUACCCGCAAUAUUUCGCAGGCACGACGCCUAUGAGCGUCGGGGUCCAGGGCGCGGGGUACGACAACCUCGGGGCCGGGGUGGAGUACCCGAAUGGGUACCAGAACCAGUACCAGAACUAUCCGGAGUACGCCAUGUACGCCCCGGCCAGCUCCAUGGCCGCCGACUGGGGGUACCCGGAGGUGACGUACAAGGCGCCUCCCAUAGCCGAGGUCACCUACAAAACCACCGAGGUUACCUACAAAACCGGCGAGUCCUCGGUCUACAGGAACGGAGACGCGGGUUUCAAGAACGAGCCCGGCUACAGGAGCAACCCCGAGGCGGUCUACAGGCAGCCCGAAGUCUUCCAGGCGAAGGACCUCCAUCACCAUCACCACCACGCACCGGAUAUCGUGUACAAGCCCGACGGAGUGGAGCACGAUGGUAUUCUGGAGUCUUUCAAGGGCACCCCCAGUCCCUCGGGAAACUCUCCGGGGAACCAGGAGUACUAUCAAGGGUACGGGAUCCAGGGCGCGGGGACCAACAACGGCAUCGUCCAGAACGCGAUGCAGGGGAUGCAGGCGGGUCCUGGGAGUCCCAUCGGCAGCGCCAACUCCACCCACAGUGGCUGCCAGACGCCUGCUGGGGAUCACGGUAUGAGGAUGCAGUGCAGCUCGGCGUCCAACAGCUCCGGAGGCGGACUGAUCGACAGGAAGUCCUCGUACCUUGCUCAUCCCCCGAGCUCGGUGUCCUUAAAUUCUCUGAGCUCGUUGAGUUCCUUGAGCUUGGGCAACAUCGGUGGGUUGAGCAUACCGAACAUGUCCUCGAAUAUCCAUGCGUCGACUCCGCCACCGACCGCCAUGUACUACGACCAAAUUAAGUACGGGAUGUAACGACUUCGUCGGGUCCAUUGUUGGGAAACCUGAAGGAAGAAUCGUUUUUUAAGUACACGUCUGGAAAGGUUCAGAUUCCGAAGCGAGCAUUGCCUUAAUUGCCUUAUAAAGGAGUCGCACCGCAAGGUUGACGCGAAUAGUUGACAUUUAUCCUGAAUACGUGUGUGUAUUCCAUGAAUCGGUACAUCGGAUAAUUACCGAGGAUUAACCGUCGUUUAAUUAGAUCGAGGGCGAUCAACGUUAAGUUAAC